AUGCAUCUCACUUCUAUCAUCUCUGCUACGGCACUUCUUAUUGCCCAGGCUUCGGCCCAUGGUGCAGUCACCAGCUACGUUAUCGAUGGAAAGGCAUAUCCUGGAUAUACUGGUUUCUCACCAGCCUCAUCCCCAGACACCAUCCAAAGACAAUGGCCAGACUACAACCCAACCAUGACCGUAACCGACAAGAAAGUCAUGUGCAACGGCGGCACCUCCGCCAAACUCACCGCCACCGUAGCAGCCGGUGCAAAGGUGACCGCCAAAUGGUCACAAUGGACACACGCCCAAGGUCCCGUCAUGGUAUGGAUGUACAAGUGCGCCGGAACAAUCGCCGCCUGCGACGGCUCCGGAAAAGGCUGGUUCAAAAUCGACCAAAUGGGCAUGACCGCCCCCCCUCUCUCCGGCACAAACUGGGGCACCAACAAAGUCCUCAAAGAGCUGCAAUGGACAUCCACCAUCCCCGCCAAGCUCGCCCCCGGAAACUACCUUAUCCGCCACGAGCUCCUCGCCUUGCACCAGGCCAACACCCCACAGUUCUACGCUGAGUGUGCGCAGCUCGCCGUCACCGGCUCAGGCACGUCGAGUCCUUCGGGCGAGUUCCUGGCGACUAUUCCGGGAUACGCGCCGCAGAGUGAUAAAGGGAUUACAGUCGAUACGUAUGCGAAUAAUGCGCCGACUACUUAUAGAUGUCCGGGGCCGGAGGUGUGGUCGUAG